CAGAAUUCCGGUGGCCCCGGCACGUGGCCACCCAAAUUGUGCGGUUUGCUUGUUAGGCUAGUGAUCACUUAUAAUGAGCCCACCGUGCCAGAGCGUGCGCAAUUGCUGUGUAUCCUCCGUGGCCUCCACCCUGUUUCCUGGAUACAUUUGAAUACUUGUAUCGUGGCUAGCAUCAGGAUUCUGUAAUUUUACUGCCCAAUUGUAGGCCCAAGAUCACCCAGACCUGUUUGAAUUCUCUCUCAGGCCCUGUAAAACAAAUGGCCACGGACUGUCCACUUCUCGUCUGGAUGCUCUCAUUGAACCGUGAUGUAUUGACGGAGGAAUACGACAAAUGUUUUCAUCUUGUGCAGGAUUGCGUCCCUCACGCCAGGUUGCCGUAUCAGCCCACCUCCAUAGAUUCUUUCCGGCAGCUUAUUUGCCACAUGUUACCCCUGCUUAUGAUGCGCCACCGACGAAUAUCUCGCGCAAAAUGGAAGGACUGCGUUACCUCGAAUGGAAAGCAUUGGAUCGAGCAGUCACCGGAUGACAUGCCCCCAGAAAAAUUUCUCCAGUCUAUGAUUGGAUACCACCUUGCAUAUGACAACUCACUCUGCGGCAUGGUGAUGACGCAGGGACGGCAGCGCCAAGUAAUAAACAUCGGCUUGGGCAUCAAACAGAUUUCCGUGGAGCCCAAAGGCGUCUCUGUAGCGGCCUACGCUGAAUCCUUUGCACAUAAACUAACCGCACUAGAGAUGACCUUCCUCAACCCUGAACUUGGGGACGAAGUCGUCCUCCGGCGCCUCUCCAUCCUCCUCUCGCUUAAAGCGGCGUAUAUCAAAGCCGUUGGCCAAAGCACCGCCUUCGACUGGUCACGCCUCGAAUUCAACAUUCCAUCUGAGUCCGCGCGCGGCGAUGACCACCCACUGCAGGGGUGGGAGUUCCGCGUGUUCAAGGCGCAGCUCGGCGUACAACGCAUGGGCGGGGUCAUGCUCGAGGAAUCGUAUCAGUGCGCAUGCGCGUUUUUCAGGGGCACGAAAGAGUCCAAAUUUAUCUGGCACGAUAAUGCGAAGGAUUUAGAGGCUUGGGUGCAGUUCAUCAACAUUGACCAAAUGGUCAAGGUGAUACCGAAACUACGCGCGUAAUGGAAACGGGGCGAGACUACACGAUGAGCUCCCCUUGAACCAUACAUUUCCUGGCACUUGCUUGCUAUCGUUAUACCAUGUUUCUUGCUGCUGACAUUCUUAGCAUGAAUAUCUCAUACCCUCUAAUACUUGUCACCAUUACUUAUAUACAGGAAUCCCAAUGUGAUUCAUUGUUAUCAAAGCUGA